GGGAACACCUUUUCCAUCGCGGAUGCGAACACGAACACUGGGGCUGCCCGCCAGAGUCUCAGCCGUGAGACGCCAACUACCGUGGGCUCACUUCGCUCCGUCACAUCAAUCUACGAUGUACUAGAACCCGAAACCUUUGUUAAAAACGGUUGAACCCCUCUAAAGUAAAAUCGUGUACCGGGUUAAUAAAAACAAAGUGACAUCUUGCCUAUUUCACACGUCCCUCGGAGCGCGCUAACAUACUACAGCGUACGUUGGCGAAUGCGUUGUCUUUACUCUGGUUAGACAGCCUCGUUACAACAUAAGCAUUCCAAGCAUUAGAGCGCCAUUGACGACGGUUAUCCGUGUAUAAUGAUAGAGAGCUAGAAGCAUAUUUACCGACUGAAAAUUUUCCAGUCCACAGUGGCUUGAAUCGUUGCUAUGCGCCUUUGGUCUUCCAUCCACCUGGAAAGCAUCACGGAACCCUGUACUAUCCCGACGACGGCAUGUACGACACGACCGACGCCGACGAGGCCGGAAAAUGGACCGAAAUGUAAAAACCGGUGUCCGCCCUAUGACAAGUUAAGCGCUGAUACAUGCAGUCCCACCGAUGUCAUCUGAAAGCGGAGUUUGAAUGCUCUGGUUCUCAGCCGCCCAUCCGGAUGAGCCGGGAGUUGCUACUUUCCUAGUAUCUCGCCUUACUUAAUGUCAUGGGUUCUACUUGAUGAGUCUGAUGGCGUUAUGCUGGCUUGAACAUAUCCAAUUACAGUUACGCGUAAAAGCUACGGUAAGAGCGUAGCCCUUGGAUAAGCCGCUAUCCUAGCUUGCAAGACUUUCACAGCUAGUAUCUCAUGCACACGGUACUGUAGUGAACUAUUGUACAGCGCGUGCCAUGUAGUAAAUUUAUCCAAGGUUAGCGUCGAGGCAAGCUUAAACUGCACCGGCACGCGCCAUCGCCAUCGCGCGGCUUAAAGUGUGGGUCAAACCUAAGAGUUUGGGCAACGUCCCUGACAGCUCAGCAUCAGCAUGCAGAGCCGGAACUUGCGAAGCAGCUCAUCCAAGCUUCCACAGUGCUGCUCUAACGUCCCAAAUUCUUACACUAUUACGCAAUGUCAUAGCUGAAGCAGAAAUAACAGUUUGACCAUGCGUCGGACUGCUUUUGUACCAGCCCGCAGCUCGCGACACCGAGCCUCAGCACUCGCCCUGUAUCGAGCGCUUCUACGCUCUGCUGUCAAAUGUGACAACGCUGGGUCCAGAAAAGAUGGCGAGAUUAAGUCUGUCAUUACCAGUCAAUUCAGAAAGAAUACAACAUAUACUAGCUCGCGCCUAACUUAUGCGGCUAUGGUAGCUGGCUACAAGUAUCUUACAUUUCUUCAGCGGGCAACGGAUGUUCAAUCAAUAGAAUAUUCUCAAAUUAAGGAGCUUCUGAAGACACAGAGACCCGAUCGUCAGCGGAAGCGACAACCCAUCCCGUGGCAACUGAGUGCCCAAAAAGAGGACCGAACAGAUCCACCCCUUAUAUAUAAUACAGCUCGAGCAGGAGAGCUUCCACAUUAUGUAUCCUCCUUAAAGCCUAGGUCGGAUACAAAUGGUCAAGGCCCCAAAAAGCCGCCAGUGCUGGCAACGACCGCAUUAGGGAUGCCGUUUCUACGGAGGAAGAAGCCACAGCCAUAUACAAUGUCGCGCAUGAUUGGUGUAAAGAGCAAGCGGUUCGAGAAUAAGGUCCAGAAUAUUGUGGCUGUCGAAGAGUGGAUGGCCCCUGAUGCUGCUUUGGAAGAUGCGUGGGAUGCGCUCGUAGAGCAACAACAGAGAGACGAAGCUGGUGAACCUAGAAGCGACGUUCCCGACACGCCACCAGAGGAGACAUAUACAUGGUCGGUACAGCUGAGCCGUGCAUGGUGGGAAUGGCAAGCUGAGAAGACAUGGCAAGAUUGGCUGGCUCGUGGCAAAGCUUUACAAGCUGUUGUCAAGGCCGAGACGCUACCAAAGUCCAAUAGCGCAGAAGUGGUAGAGCGAGCAGUUUCGUCGCUGGAAGAAAAGCUGAGAUUAGGCCGACGAUCGGAUGGCCGACAAUCAGCAUUGCCAUCCAAGAAAGAUUUGCAGUCAAAUGGUCAGGCUUUGCAAGCAGACGUUGCCUUUAAGCCUGCGACUACACUGCCGCUGUCAUUGCUGGUACAGCAGCCGAAACUUGAUGAUCCUUUCUGCUGCAAGGCAUGGCUUGGUGUCAUUGACUACCAUCGGUCCCGACUGUUUAAAUAUACGCUUGCGACGCUACGCAAAGCCGAUGUGCGGCCAAAACAGUCUACUAGAAGAGAGCGUUGAGGGGGAAGGCUUCGGGCCACCAGUACAGCAUGUACCUCGUACUACUAUUAGAUCACGCCAGAGGAACCACAAAAGGCACUGUAAUUCCUACAAAUAUAUAGACACAUACACACAUAUAAUAUAUAGCGACGCGAGAAAUUCUCUUAAACAAAAAGAAAAACAAUUUUAUGAUGCCUAUUUAGCCGG